UCAAUCUCCCAGGCAAAGGGGAGAAUCAUCCACUGUGUAUGCCAAGCAAGCAUAUCAGGUGUUUCAUAUGAUUGUUCCGCCGCUUACAAUUGAAAACCAAGUCCUUCGGGCCACGCAGGUGAGAUGCGGCUGAAAAAGGGAUGGAAAUCACGUGUGAUUGUGUGUUUGUGCGCAGCCGAGAGUCACCGAGGACGACCUUGGGCUGUUCUUGGCAGCUGUGGAAAGGGAGGUCCAUAUAGAGGCUGUGUGGCUUGAGGGCCUACUCCUGUCAGAUGACGCGCUCAAGUAUGAUGAGAGAGAAAGAGUCAACCGUCUCCCAAUCAAUGGCCGCUUCAUGUUUGGUCCAUCUCCAUCCAUCAGGAUCUUGGUCCCCGUCUUCCUGCGGACAGUGGCCUUCGCCCUUCCCUCCUCCGGCCUCGUGGUGCAGACGCCUUCCCUGCAGGGCCCCGGCCUGCGGGAGAUCAACCUCUCCACCAACAGAAUGUCAGACAGCGCCGCACUCAUCCUCGCUGAAUGCAUCGCACGACUGCCCGCACUCACACGACUUGACGUCAGGUACAAACGCGGAAGAGGAGAAGAGAGAGAAGAACACUGCGUGAACGGAGGUCGAUCUAUCUGUGUGUGCAGCAAUAACUGGAUCGGUCCUGAGGGCGGGAUUCCACUGGCCAAGGCCUUCUUCCCCGACUACACGUCUUCCCCGACGAGGCGGCGGUGUGACGCACGGUUGGACGGGGACGGACAGCAGACGGAGACCUUCUGGCUCGACCUGAGUGACAACUAUGUUGGACCAGAGACCUGCUUCGCUGUCGCUGAGGUGAGAGUGGCGAAGCUAGAGCUUCCUGUGGGUGUCUGAAUCGAAGAUUGUGCCGAUGUUGUCAUUUAGACCAUCAAGUGCAAUCGGUGCCAUGCUCAAGUGGGUCUGCGGAACGUCCGUUGUGACCCGGCGGGAUCUAUGGCGAUCGCGGCCUGCCUCGACUUCCUCCACAGCAUCGACCUUUCGUCAAACCUGCUCAUCCUGCCUGACCUAUGCGCCAUUGAGGCCGUCUGCCACCUGCUCAAGCUCGGCAGCACCCCGUCACCCACCGCCGACAUGCCCCGCAACAACCUGAAGCAGCUGCACUUGUCCUUUUUGUUCGACAUCUAUGGCAGCAAGGCGCCUUCGCGCAUCAAGACAAGGUCGCCCAUAUCGCCCCCGUUCCCUCCCCUCCUGCGGCCACGUGCCGGCGUAUCGCCCGUAAACGACACGCCUAUCACCAUCGUCUCACGAUCGCCGGCGAAGCCUUCACUCGAGCGGUCGUCCGACAGUCCACCCGCUCCCCUCUCGUCGCCCCUCGCCAAGAGCGCCCCCUCCCCACAGUUGAAUGCCGUGUCGCCGGCCAGUGACAGCAGAGGGGACGGCAGACCACGGAAGGCAGCCGGGAGGGUCGGCAGGCGGACCAGACGGAGGUCUGACGGGGAGGGUAUCGGGGGCGGCAAGGGCGUCUAUCGAGUGAUGCGGCGGGCGCGGACAGGAUCGGUCAGGUCGGGCUCGCCAGCGUCGGUGGGGUCAAAUGGGAGGAGCUCCGACGACUUCUACCUCUUCUGUCCGCUGACAUUGGACGACCGACAAGCUCUCGCCGAUCGGUCGCUGGGCAUGAUUGCUGAGGUCAGCAGAGGGCCACAGGGGAGGGAGCCAUUGCGAUUGCUGUGUACCCUUGAUGCAGGCACUGAGUUCCGGGGCCGCAAGGGACCUGUGGGCAUUCUCCUUCGCCGGUAAGGCGACAUUUAUCAGCAGCGAUAGCACUCCGUUUCACUCCCUGCUGUUGAUGUUCAUUGUCAGGCAAUGAGGUGACUGAUGUGGGUUGCGAGGCGUGGGUACGUGGCAUCCAACUGGCCAUCGAGGGGGGCGUACCACCGCCCCCGAUCGAGGAGCUCGACCUGUCGUUCAACCACCUCACCCAGACAGACAUUCUCACCGAGCAUGUCGUCUGCAAACUGCCUCUCAGGUACUGGGCGAGAAGAACCAGACAAGGGACCAUUUGUCGAGAGACAAUCCAUUAUGCUGUGUGUCUGCGUUGCUGUGUGUGCAGGGUGCUGGAUCUUGCGGGCAACAACAUCACGGACGCCGCUGGUGCCACACUCAUACAGGGCAUCCGCCACCAGCAUCCCCCCACUCUCCGCCAUCUCAAUCUGUCACACAACCCCGUGUCGGACAAGACGGCAGAGGCGCUCGCGGAGCUCCUUGUGUCCCACGAUGACACUGGCGGCACUCCACACCCCUCCCCAUCAGCAGCAGACAUCUCCCCCUCGUCUGACGCAUCUCGGCGGUCCAUGAGACGCAGAUUCGAGGACGAAUCGCCCACCCCCACCACCAGCAGCCAGCCGUCACUCAGGGCACAACCGCAGCAGCAGCAGCAGCAGCCGCAGCAGCGGAGGAGCCCCUUUUCUCUGCGGAAGGGCCGUUCUUGGGUUUGCGUCGAUCCUGAGGAGCGGGCGAGUGAUGGAGAGGCCCUUCGGGGCGGCCGCAUGGGGGCCGUCAACCUGUCCUACACGCUGAUCGGCGACAGUGGAGCCUUCUCACUCGCACACGCUAUCGCAGCGUCUCCUGAUGGACCACUGGCUCUGUUGGACCUCAGCGGCACCGCCAUCGACCAAUCGGGCUCACGGGCCGUCCGCGAGGCACUCGAGAAGCGCCAGGCCACCCCGCAGCACCGACAGACCGAUGCUCAGCCGGCUGCUCCGCUCGUCCCUCUGGUGAAGGGCCUUCCCCCUGUCGCCAUCUUCCUGCCCGAGUGUGAGGGCGACGGCAACCUGAUGGCCGAGACAGACGAGGUGCCGCUGGGCAGCGACGGGCCGCCAAUCGACGAUGGGUACUACGACAGUGAGGGCGUGCAGUACUCCGACCCCGACUCGCCCCUGAGCCCGGCGGCCAGGGGCGACCCCACCUGGUGGUAUGAGGAAGACCUGCCCGACGAUGAUGGCUACUACACCUGGAUGAGCGGCGGGGUCGUCACCGGGUUGGACAGCAGGCCAGCAGCAGCAGCAGCAGCUGCAGCGGCAGCGGCAAAUGAGGGCAAGAUGGUUCACCGGAUACCCGACACCAGCAGCGAGGGCUCGCCUGGUGGUUCUGCGUCCCGCCAGCCUGUGGAGUAUGCCAUCCACACACAGCGGGACUUGAAACUGGCGCCGAGGGAGGGGGCGAAGGACGCAGAGGGAGGGGGAGGGGGUAAGGGUGAUAAGGGUGUGAUGGUUGUUGCUCUGAGCAACAACUCGAUGCGUUCGAGCGACGAGAGCGACAGUGGGGAUAAUGGCCAGGUAGAGGGCCCUUUCCUCAAGCUGCCACCUCCCCCAGAUGUCUACAGUUAGCUACCGGCUGCUGCGUAAUUAGAUAGAAGGACAUGACGGGUGGGGGGGCAGUGCAGACAGACACUUGAGACAAGUGAGAGAUAUUUUCUGCAUGCCGUAAAUACCACACUUGUUGCUGCAGCUAGACGGCUGGUGAGGGGGAGUGGGGGGUGGGGUGCGGUGUGGUGUUGCUCCUGUCCUAGUGUAAAUACCUGCCUGCAUCCAUUCAUGGGUUCAUGUGAGUUCUGUUGCCCUCUCGUUUCGACAUUGCAACAAUGGCGUGA